GGCUCUUUUCUCUGCUUCUGUGUCGGCCAUGAUUCUUGAUUGAUUCUUUCAAGUAGGAAAAUUACAAGGAGAUUCAUUUCAUUCUCAUCCCCUGUUUUGCUGUCUCUUUCUCUGCUUUCUUUUCUGGGUUUUCUUGUUUCUCAAUCUCUGUAAUCGUUUUGGUGAAUUUGAUUGUUUCUGGAGGAAAAUCUGGAACGGGGUUGAUUGCAGAAAGUUGGCUUUAGUGAGUUUUUGUAUUUUUCUUGGUAAAGGAGGGUGGAAGAGAAGAGAGGGAUUCCUUGUUUUAUUUUUUCUGGUUCUGUGUCUUUGUGGAUCUCGAGUUUUUGGAAGCAAAAGUGAGGAGGGUGACUGGAGACAUGAGAAAACAGAGGAGAGCAGGUUUUUGGUAAAAUUUUGAAGCCGUUUUGAUGCUGAAGCUGUGAGACAGAAACGGCAUAGCUGUUUAAGGCUUUGUGAUUUAUCAAAAUUAGGGUUCUUCGAUAUUUCUGGAUAGUGGGUGAGGAAGGUGAAGCUUUGAAUUGGGUGGAAUGAAGCUUUUCCGAAUCUAAAUCACGUUUUUUUCAGUUUGUCAGCAAUGUUGAGAAUCCCUGGAAUUACAGGUUUCGUUUCUGGAUUCUCUUUCAUUGGCUUCUUCUUUGAUCUUCACUGAAUUUUCAGUAGAAUUGGCUGCGGAGAUUGUUAUUUUUCCUGUGUUUCUUUGAUAAUUGAUGCCUUUUAAGCAUUUAGUGUUGGAAUCAUUGUUUGGUUGAGAUGAUUACGUUUAUGGAUUCAAAGGAAAACCUGAAAGAGGUGGAGAAGUGCUUGGAUUCUCAGCUGUGGCAUGCUGAAGCUCCUCCUUCUCCUCGCAGUGCGAGUUCCCGGACUAAGGACUCGGACCGUGAUAACAAGGAUCCAGAAAUGAAAGAUACCCCCAAGAAAAGGAGGACUUCGGCCACUCCAAGAUGGAAACAACUAGUGCCAGUAACCCCUGGUACCCCGCAGGAGGUACUUCUUGAUGAUGGCUUCACUUGGAGGAAAUAUGGACAGAAAGACAUUUUCGGCGAAAAAUAUCCAAGGAGCUACUACAGGUGUGCCCAUAGACACACACAAGGUUGCUCCGCUACAAAGCAAGUGCAAAGAUCCGAUGGAGAUCCAUCGAUUUUUGAGAUUGCUUACCGUGGAAGUCAUACCUGUACUCAAGCAGUCUCCUCUUCUCAAAUCCCUCCCUCGUUGUCCCAGGAAAACCAAAACCAAGAUAUUAAUUUAAUAAACCAGCAGCAGCCACAGAAUAAUUUACCAAUGAACCUUCAAAAAGAGCUUAGAGUUCCAACAGAAGACUUGGACGUUAUCCCACAGCAGAGGAAUCUAAUUUAUGAGCUGACACAAGGAAGAGAGUUUGCGAAGCAGCUUCGGUUGCAUCUCAUUGCGCCAUCUUCCUCCCAGGAAACUCUGGAAUCGCUGGUCCAGAGGAUCCAAGCUUCCUAUGAAAAGGCACUUUCAAUCCUCAAACGGAACACCUCGGUGGCGAUGGAGCAGCCUGAAAGUGACAAACCUGAAGAACUUGGCAUGCGAGCAGACAUAGAAACAGAGGAUGAAUUGCUAUUUAGUGUUGAAAGAUAUUCCAAUAUGAGUUCGAGGCAAGGUGGAAAAGUGCUGACUGAGAUACCAGAAGGAGACGAAUGGAUUGCUCCAAAUAUCUGUGCAACUGUUUGUAAACCUGUUCUCCCAGAAUCUCCAAACUGCCCAUUUCUGGUUGCUCUGUCCUUGGAAGGAAGCAAAGCUCUUAUGGCUAUCCCUUUGUCGUUCUUUGAGCACAUGCCUGUCCUUACAUGCUUGAAUUUGUCUCAUACUAGUAUCAGAUCUUUGCCUGUGUCUCUUUUCAAGUUGGUUUCACUUAAAGAACUCAGUCUAAGGCACUGCAAACUCUUCAUGGAAUUGUCACCACAAGUUGGACAACUUUAUAAUCUUGUUUUGCUAGAUCUUGAUGAGACUCAGAUUGCGGAAUUGCCGAAGGAGAUUGGAAAACUUUCUAAUCUAGAAAUUUUGAGAUUGUCCCUUGAUGGAUACAUGAAUUGUGGAAAGCAGUUGCAGGAAAAUGUGUUAAUUCAUCCUGGGACCGUUACAAGGCUUUUGCAGUUGGUGGAAUUAAAAAUUGAUGUGAAUCCGGAGAAUGAGGACUGGAAUGUAGUUGAGGAAGUUGUUGUAGGGGAAAUCUGUAGCCUGGAAAGAUUGCAGCGUCUUAUAUUAUACCUGCCAAAUGUUCAGAUUUUGGGAAAACGCACAACAGGUAGCACAUCACUCAGUUAUUAUCCCUUGUGCCGGUUCAAUUAUACUAUUGGGCAGCAUAGACAGCGUAUUGUCUGUUGAGUACCAGAAAAAGUUGAAGUUUGCUUUCAAGAGUGGGACAAAUGCUUGAAAUUUGUUAAGGGCAAUGAUAUCUCAAGUGAGAUGAAAAGGGUAGUUGGAUACACGAAGGCAUUCUACCUUGAACGUCAUGCCACUGCUAGAAGCUUGUGUGAUUUUGGGAUCAAAAAUAUGAGGAACCUAAAGUUCUGCUUAUUGGCAGAAUGUAAUGAAAUCCAAACCAUCAUAGAUGAAGGAAAGUCUUAUGAAGAAGAAAAAAUUGAUACAGUU